AUGGGGUGCACACCAUCACACAACGCCAUUGUCAACAGCGUUGCCAAGAGUGGCAUUCAGUUUUUUAAGAAGCCGAAAGCAAUUUUGCCAGGCUGUCAGUGGGGCAGCCAAAAAUGCCCCAUCCCUUUGCUGGUUCAAAGUUCCACCUUCUGUGACCCUGGUGGGGAGCCGUACCUGGGAGAGAGGCUGGCAGAGGAGAUGGCAAGUUCCAAGAAGCUCCAGGCCAUGGCUGAAGGUCUUUGUCAGCUCCCAAAAGAUAUGGAAGGACUGAUUCCAGAAAGCCGAAUCUUCCAGAUGAACAAAGCACAAAGCCACAUGGCUACAGACAUUUCAUUCAGGACAGAAGGCUCCCAUGGGACACAAGAAGUAGAUUUUUCUUCAAAAGAGAGUAAGGAAAACGCUCCCCGGGAGACCUCAAAGGGGAACAGAGAGCCAAUGUGCCAUCAAUCAGACAGCCAGGACCAUUGCUACCAAACCGCUCCUGAGUCAAAAGGCAAAGUGGACUUCCCUGAGACCCUGGUAAAGGCCCACCAGCGUGCUUAUGCCUACCUGCACACCAGCCUUUCCAGAUAUGAAGCAAUCGUGCGCCUCGUACAGCAAGCCAGCCAGACCUGGGAGCUGUUGCAGUCCAUGCUCAGCUUCCUGCUGUUAUGCUUUGAGGAGACCAGCCAGCUUCUAGGAGAAAUCUCUAAAGAUGGAGAAGUGCUCCUCCAGGAAGUUAGAGGGGAUCUGGCAUGGCCAGUGAGGAAAGGCGAGCCCUGGGAACACCCAGACCUCCUUCAACAGCUGCUGCAGUACACAGUCAACAAACUUCAGGUGGUACACGGCACAGUGGCCGUCCUCACUGGGGGAUUCCUGGAAGGUUCCAGCAGCUGCCUCAGAUCCACUGCUAGUCACCUGGAAGGUAAGCUGAGCACCAAGAGAGGUAUAGAUGAAUGUCUCCUAAGGGCCCUGGGACAACUAGAGAGCCUGACCAGUGGCCACAGUGACCCAGGGCUGCUCGGUCCACCCUUAUGCUCCGAGGACAGUGGCAUUGGUGCUGACAAUGAGUCUGUGCACUCCGUGGAGAAGCUGGGCAAGCAAGCCAGCUGGGACUUUGCAACAGAACUUGGAGAAUGGAAGCCAGGGACUGCAGGCCAAGUGGAGGCCAGGCUGUCAGGACAUGCCUGGCAGAAAGGUCCAUACUGGACAGGUUCAGACAGACCCCAGGACUGUCCACUGUCCAGUCCUAGGAUAGCAAAGGUUCAACCUGCAGUACAGGAGGAAGCCAGGAGCUUGAGCACUUCCAGCGCAGGCCCAGAAGCAGUCGCCUCCAGGCCCCCAGAGACUGCCAAAGGCACUCCGUGGGACUCUCUGGGGACUGAGAGCCCUGUGCAGACACAACUUUCUCGAAGCUCUGGGCUGACAGAUGCUCCAUCCCUGAGUGAAGAUGAAGACAGCAGCCCAGAGGAGGAAGAUGAACUUAGCAGCGUGGAUCUGCAUCCUGAGCCACAGGAAGCCCUACCUUUAAGGCCACAGUCCUCACCUGUCACCCGGGAAAGCCUGUUUCAGACAUACUCCGAGAAGCUUAGGAGCCCUCAGGCCCAGGAAAUAAUUCUAAAGAUGAAAGAGGCCAUCAGUGAAAGGAUCAAGUUUGUCCCCAUGCCUUCCAGACCCCAGGACUGGGCUGAGGAGGAGGAAGGGAGAAGAGUGGUCCCUUCAAGACCCAGAUCAGUCAGUGGCAGCAGGAGGGCCCCUGAGAAACAGAGGAGGUCACAGUCAGAGGGAUGCCUGAAGAGCCAUGUGGAAGACCCCACUCUCCAGGAGCUGAGGAGGGUUCAGACAGAUCUCAGUCGGAGGCUAGAGGUAUUUUAUGCCCUGGGUGCCCCACGGCAGUUGCAGAGCCGGGAGCAAUGUCUGCCAUCCAGGGCACCAUUGCCAUGGCCCUCCACCAACUGCAGGGUGAGUCCCAGUAGUGCCAUCAGCAAGUUCAAGGCCUCUCUCACCCAAAACUUCAGCAUUUUGCCCAAUCAAGACAAGGGCAUCUUCCAAAGAGGUAGUCCCUGCUUUGACAGUGAUCAGCCCUGCCAGGGGAAGGCUGAAACACUGCCAAAUGUCUUCUGUGGCAAGAAGAACAGUAGGCCUCCCAGGGACAACGAAUGGGACAUCAGGGCCUGUCCCACCAGAACAUCUGUCAAGAAGCUUAUUGAAACUUUCAGUUCUGCUGAGAGUCUGAGGAUGCCAAGGGACUGUAGGAACUUGGGGUCAAACCCCUGCCUCAGGAAGUGGGGGUUUCCUGCCAUACCUCCCAGAUUUCCUAUAUACAGGGGGCUAGCCCCUCUGUAUCCUAAGCCCCAGAUUUCUCCAGCAGCAGGCAGAGACCCUCUCAAGGUGAACAUGGGCUGGAGGCCUUCCGCACCCUAUCCCUCUCUUCCUCCAGCAGAAGCACCUGAGAGUAAAGACACUAGCGGUGAAGUGGAGGAGGACCUAGAGAACCUUCCUCCACCGUCUCUGGAAGUCCUGAUGGACAAAUCAUUCACCGCUCUGGAGCAUCCAGAAUGCAGCCAGCCAAUAGGGAGCUCCCUGGAAGAGACUCUGUUACCAGGGCUUCAAGAGGCUAGCCAUCCAAAAAGAACAUGGGCUUCCCCCAAGCUGAGAGCCUCCAUGAGCCCCAUGGACUUGCUCCCCAACAAAGGCAGUGGCAGCUCCCCGAGGCUACACAGCACCAGGCCUGGGAGCACCAGGAAUGUGGGCAAUUCCAGAAAGUUGACCUUGGACCUGAACUCCCAGCAAACAGUUAGCCCAAGACCAGAGGCAGAAGGUGGGGCUCAGAGUCAGGCACGAGCAGAGAACGUGGCAGGCUCCUCCAAGCAUCACCAGAAGGCAAUUCCCUGGCACCACACCAACCCUACACCUGGGCAAGGCAGGACGCUGGCGUCCAGCCUGGCCAGAUUCUCACGAGAUCCACACUCUUCAGAAGCAUUCAGGAAGGGUCCAGAGAGAAGCCCUCCUGGAGUCAGAAAGGCCUUUCCCCCAAGAGCACAGUGGGCAUCCCAAGGGGACAGGAGGCUGCACAACCUGCCCUUCGCUCAUGGACUGUCCCAGCCGGGCCUCCCUGCUGCCCCCAGCUCCCCCAGCCCACCUCUGAGCCCCAGGACACUGAGCCCAUCAUCCACAAGGAAACUAACUUCCCCACCAUGCCAGCACCCACAGUGCAACCCAGCCCCAGGGAGCCCUCCUGUCCAACGGACAGAAACAAACACCCCCUCCUCUGCCUCCUCUUCACCCCGCUCAGUGUCUCGGGGGUCCAAGGACUCCAGUCACUCUGGGGACAGUGAAACUACCACAGCCAAAGCAUCCAAGAACACGUGUUCCAUAUUCUUCCCAGCCGCCACUUCUCUCUUUGAAGCUAAUUCGUCAUUCGCAACAUCCCAUCCACGGACGCUAUCAGAGCCUGGGGCCCUUUUGAGGCCGCCAACAGGAGGCUGGAGGGGCAGCUCAGGGCCGCGACUGAGGGCAGAUUCACAGAAGAGAACGGUUCUGAAUGCCCUCAACCCCCUGCCUUUUGUCAGAAGGACAGCUUCAGACCGCCAGCGCCAGCAGGGUGACCCACUUCAGCCGCCCGGCUUAGAUUGGGGAUCCCAUCCCUGCCAAAACAGCAGCAGCAGCAGCAGCAAUGAGGAGAGCCCUAAGCAAGAACUCCCACCUUGGAACAACUCCCGUGUCCCAGAAUUGCAGGGUAGUAACACCAAGUGGACAUCUCCUUUGGAGCUCUGUGUGCUGGGCCAUGGGCUGCAGCCAGAAGCCCGAAUGACCCGCAGCCAAGACAGAUCCCAGCCAGAGUCACAGCCCCAGCACAAGGACGUAUCGUGA